GUGAAUCGGUUCAUUUGUUUAUACUUGCGCGAUAAGAAUUAUUUUUUCAUUCUUUAGAAUACGUGGCUUAACAUGAAAUAAAUAGCAUUUAAAUAAUUAAACCUUUAAUAAUAAGUCCCUUAAACUGUGUGCAUCAUGUUGAUAUGUCCUUGUGCUCUUUUCUCUCUUAUUUAUACCGGCGUAUUCGUUGGAACUUUUCUUCUAAUUGCAUUAGUGCUUGGAAUAAUAGUUUUAAGUCAUGUUAUUAGGAAAUCUAAAAGUAAAAGAAUUGCAUCAUCCUCGCAACAAUGUGUUGGAAUAUUUCAUCCAUAUUGCAAUGCCGGUGGUGGUGGAGAAAGAGUCCUAUGGUGUGCCAUAAGAGCUCUCCAAAAUAAGUAUGAAGGAAUUAAAAUUUAUUUAUACACUGGUGAUAAUGAUGUGACACCAAAGCAAAUCCUUUCAAAGUGUCGCAAUAAUUUCAACAUAAAUAUCGAUGACAAACGUCUUGAAUUUGUUUUCUUGACACAAAGAAAAUGGGUAGAAGCAGAGAAAUAUCCUAUCUUAACUCUAUUAGGACAGAGUAUCGGAUCAAUUAUCUUAGGAUUUGAAGCUUUGUUGAGGUUUCAACCUGACAUUUAUAUCGAUACAAUGGGAUAUGCGUUCACUUAUCCUGUUUUUAAAUACAUCGGAAAGUGUAAAUUAGCUUCCUAUACACAUUAUCCAACAAUCAGCACAGAUAUGCUACGUCGAGUUGCCAAUCGAACAAUUGCGCACAAUAACAAAAGUCGUGUAGCUAAAAAUCCUUUUCUUUCAUGGGCGAAACUUAAUUACUAUCGACUUUUCUCAGCCUUUUAUGGAAUGGUGGGGAGAUGUGCUGAUUCCGUAAUGGUGAAUUCAUCAUGGACUGAAAAUCAUAUUCUGUCAAUUUGGAAUGCGCCAUUCAAAACUCAUCGAGUUUAUCCACCAUGCGAAGUGAAACAUUUGAAAGACAUUCAACAUGUUCCAAGUAGUGAUGGGUGCAUUUAUAUUCUAUCAGUUGGUCAAUAUCGACCGGAAAAGGACCAUCCACUGAUUCUUCAAUCGAUGUAUGAACUCAGAACUUUAUUAGUUAAUGACGAAGAUCUGUGGAAUCGAAUGAGGCUAAUUUUCGUUGGCUCAUGUCGAAAUCAAGAAGAUUUAGAUCGUGUUAAACAUUUAAAAGAUUUCGCAAAACAUUUAGCAUUAGAUGAACAUGUUGAAUUUAAAGUUAAUGCUUCGUAUCAAGAACUCAUUCAAUGUUAUCAGAAAUCACUUAUCGGAAUUCACGCAAUGUGGAAUGAACAUUUUGGAAUAAGUGUAGUGGAAAUGAUGGCAGCAGGAAUAAUUAUGAUUGCAAAUUGCUCUGGUGGUCCGCGUAUGGACAUCAUCGAAACAUCUGAAGGAAGUCAAACAGGCUUUCUGGCUGAUGAAGCGGAAGAUUAUGCGAGAUGUAUCGCAGCGAUUCUUUACAACAGUAAUGAACACAACGAGAGAAUCAGACAAGCAGCAAGGGCGUCGGUGGAUCGUUUUUCAGAGAAGGAAUUUGAGGAAAAUUUCCUACGAGUGGUUAGUCCCAUUUUUUAAACAAUCUGAUGAUGAGCGAAGGUAUUUUAUGUACAUAAGAAUGCUUGCAUUUUUUUUGUUGAAUAGAUUAAGGUAUUUAAUAACCCCUGAGUAAUGUUUCACUCAUUGAGACAAAAUUCCAUAUUUAAACAAUCACAAUAAAACAUUUUUUAAUAAAAUAAUUUUGAAAUCAAGAUUUUAAUUUGGAGAAGAGAAAUUUGAUAUUUGCAG